CUUCUUGGUUCUUUUUUUUUAAAAAAAAAGCAUUUUUGAGCGAAGGAAGAGGAGAAGAAAGGUUGCAGAAACAGAGACGGAAACAGGGGCGGUGGUGACAGAGGGAGAAGGAGAAGAAGAAGAACCCAAACGUCACCUCUGUCUCCGAAAAUGAGUGGCCACAUAACGAGAAGAAACGGUGGCCCUCAUAAACGCGCUCCCUCAUUGUCCAAGAAGAUCGAAAACGGAAACCUUAGCGAACCUCCCAGCAAACCUUCUUCUCCGCCACCACAAGAGUUUGAUGGGGGAGAAAGGACAGUUAGAAAGCUCCGGCUAUCGAAAGCCCUCACUAUAUCUGAAGGAACCACGGUUUUUGAAGCGUGCCGGAGAAUGGCGGCUCGGCGUGUGGAUGCUGUUUUGCUGACUGAUUCUAAUGCUUUGCUAUCUGGAAUCAUGACUGACAAGGACAUUGCUACGAGAGUUAUAGCUGAGGGUUUACGGCCUGAGCAGACUAUGGUUUCAAAAGUAAUGACUAGGAGUCCGAUUUUUGUGACAUCUGAUUCACUAGCCUUGGAAGCUCUUCAGAAGAUGGUCCAAGGUAAAUUCAGGCACCUCCCUGUUGUGGAAAAUGGUGAGGUCAUUGCCAUACUGGAUAUCACCAGAUGUCUUUAUGAUGCAAUAGUCAGGAUGGAGAAGGCUGCUGAGCAGAGCAGUGUCAUUGCUGCCGCAGUUGAAGGGGUGGAGCGCCACCGGGGUAGCAUUGCAUAUGCUAGUGCUUUGGUAGAGACAUUGAGGGAGCGCAUGUUCAAACCGUCCCUGUCAACUCUAAUGAAUGAAAAUACAAAGGUUGCUAUAGUAUCACCUGCUGAUCCCGUCUAUGUAGCUGCAAAGAAGAUGCAGGAAUUGCGCGUUAAUUCAGCCGUUAUUGUGUCUCUGUCAGGAACCAAGAUUCAGGGGAUACUCACUUCAAAGGACAUACUAAUGCGUGUUGUGGCUCAAAAUAUUUCUCCUCAGUUGACUCUAGUGGAAAAGGUAAUGACUCCAAAUCCAGAUUGUGCAUCGGUAGAUACAACAAUAUUGGAUGCACUGCAUAUGAUGCAUGAUGGGAAAUUCUUACAUCUUCCUGUGAUAGACAAAGAUGGACAUGUUGUUGCUUGCAUGGAUGUUUUGCAGAUAACACAUGCUGCAAUUUCCAUGGUUGAGAGUAGCUCUGGAGCUGUUAAUGAUAUGGCAAAUACAAUUAUGCAAAAGUUUUGGGACUCAGCUCUUAAUCUAGAGCCACCAGAAGAUUCCGAUACUCAUAGUGACAUUUCUGGGGUUGAUACAGCAAAAUCUGGAACUCAAUCUGUAGGCUAUGUAAAUUCAUUUACCUUCAAAUUAGAGGAUCUCAGAGGACGCGUGCAUCGGUUCAACUGUGGUACUGAACGUCUAGAUGAGCUAGUUUCUACAGUCAUGCAGAGAGUUGAUGUUAAUGAUGGAGAACGCCCUACAAUUUUGUAUGAGGACGAUGAAGGCGAUAAGAUUGUUCUUGCAACUGAUACUGAUCUUGGUACGGCUGUCAGCUGUGCUAGGUCUGCAGGAGCGAAGGCUUUGAAGUUGCAUUUGGAUUUUGGCAGUUUAACCAAAGCAAGAAGUCCAAAUCCUUGUACAGCUACUAUACAGAAAAACAGUGUUAUUUCUGUAAGCUCUGUUACUUUUGCAAGUGCACUUGCUAUAGCAAGCGUUGGCAUGUUAGUGUACUUAAAGCACUCCAAACAUUGAUGUAUUGCCUGUUUGGGGGGACAAAAAAAGCAAUAAUCGCUCUGUAUGAGUUGAAGAGCACUUAUUGCCUUUUAAAGGCUCAUUACAAUUAAGGGAAAUCUAAAUCUUGGAUACUGAAAUAGGCCAAUGACGUGAGUCUUUUUGUUUUCGGGAUAGUCCCCCAUGGUGAAACCAAGGUGAUUAGUUAACAUAGCCACUUGUAUUUUUUGUCUCUGAUGUAAUCGCAAUCAUCAACUCCUCGUCCUUCGUGGUGGGAAUAUAUACGUACGUAUAGGUAAUGUCUUGGCAUAAUUAAUGUCAAAGACGUUUUCUUUUUUGCACCAAUAUAAAGAGCAGUUACAAAUGAGUUAUU